AUGAUGUGGUCAUUACCAAGCCUCGCGCUACUGUUCGCGCAGGCUCAGGCACUCUACUUUUACAUUGACGGACCUCAGGAGAAGUGCUUCUUCGAGGAACUGCCAAAGGACACGCUCGUAGUCGGACACUUCAAUGCCAAGCAAUGGGAUCAGCAAUCGAACAACUACGUAUCGAACCCGCCCUCACUUCCCCAAAUGGGCGUCUUCAUCACCGUGGACGAAAUCUUCGACAAUGCCCACCGCGUAGUCUCCCAACGUGGCCCCGCCUCGGGAAAGUUCACCUUCACAGCCGCGGAUUCUGGUGAACACCGCCUCUGUUUCACGCCAACCAACGUCCCUUCCCACUCCGGCUUCUCCUUCUUUGGUUCGCAAGUCGGUGGAAUCAAAUUCGAGCUGGAUCUCGCGAUUGGCGCCACGUCGGCGAUUGAGAGCUCUGAUAAGAACAAGCUUACAGAAGUCGCGCAAAAGGUCAAGGAUUUGAAUGCUAGGCUGCAGGAUGUGAGGCGCGAGCAGAUGUUCCAGCGGGAGAGGGAAGCCGAGUUUCGCGAUCAGAGUGAGAGCGUCAACGGGAGGGUGGUAAGAUGGACAUUGAUUCAGUGCGCGGUGCUGGGUUGUACCUGUGCGUGGCAGUUGAGCUAUCUGAGGGCAUUCUUCAUCAAGCAAAAGUUGACUUGA